AUGGCUCCUCCAACUCUUUACGACCAUCCAAUGAGUCCUCCAAGUCGUCUGGUACGUCUGGUGGCUGGUAUCAUCGGAGUUGACCUGAAAGUAUUCGUAGUGGAUAUAAUGGACUCUGAGAUUGACAUGAAGUCUUCCGAAAUGUUGAAGAUAUUUCCUCAGCAUACCAUUCCUGCACUGGAAUACAAUGGCCUGUAUCUUGCUGAAAGCCGUGCUAUUGCCAUGUACCUCAUCUCAAAGUACGUGAAGGAUGACAGUCUCUACACGAAGGAUGUAAACAAACGUAUCCUUGUCCAUCAGAGGCUCUUUUUUGAUCAAGAUUUGUACAACAGAAUUUUCAGUGUUUUUCGGCCAAAAUUUUAUGGCGAACAGGUGGAUACCGGCAGCAUCGAUAAAGUAAAUGAAGGUCUGGAAACUCUAAACCGAACGCUGGAUGGCAAACAGUGGCUGGCAGGGGACAAGAUCACACUUGCUGAAUGUGCGGUCGCCAAUUCUUUGUCGGCAUUAGAGUUUGUUCCAGAAAGUGGAAUUGACCCUACGAAGCAGCCCAACAUCAAGGAGUGGCUUCCACGAGUUGAAAGUUCCCACCCAAAAUACGGAGAAAGCCUGAAAGAAUUACGUGAGGGCUUUAAGAAAAUGGCGCAGAAGUAA